UUAAUUUGAGUUUGUAGUAUAAAUAUCCACGGAUUUGGAAGAGAAUUGUACAGAUAUUUAGAAGUAUCCUAAGGCACAACACUGCACUGCCGAAAUAUACAAAAUUCACUAAAAUGAAAGUGGUUAUUGCCUUGAUAAUUUGCGUCGCUUUGGCAGCUGGGGCUGCAAUCGAUAGAGAGCAGGUAGUACAAAAACUGAAAACUGCCAGUGACAAAUGUUUGAAUGAUCCCGCAGUGGGCGUAAAUAAGGAUGAAAUGAAGGCUUUUAGAGAAUCGAAAGGAAAGGGAACUAAGCCUGCUAACUUAGGAAAAUUGUCCAUGUGUGUCCUGAAAGAAAUCGGCUGGAUGAAUGCCGAUAACACCUUGAAAACCGACGAAGCUAAGCAACUCUUUGAACAAGGACUACACGACAACCCCACAAAACUACAAGAAGUUAUUACCAAGUGUACCACUCCUAAGGACACUCCCGAAGAAAGUGCCAAUGCUUUGCUUGAAUGCGUUGUCUUUCACGGUAGAAAUAGUGAAGCUGCUGCUUCUGCUUAAGCAAGAAAUGUUUGAUUUAUAUUUUGAUGUACUUCAAUAAAGUUUUGUUAGAUCUCUCGAGAAAAA